AUGUCUUUUAGUGUUGACUGGGAAUCAUUAUUAGAAUUUGAAGAAUCACUUAGUUCUUCUAUUUCUAAGACUAAUGCUUUGUUGCUACACAAUUUAGAGUUAAAGAUAGAGUUGAAUAGGAGCAGUAAUUGCGAUUUGCCUGCAAAUGAUUAUGGAAUAGAAAGAUUAGAAAAUGACAUGAAUGAUUAUGAUUACUGUUCUGAUGAAUUCACGACUUGUUCUAACUGUGGUCAAUCGCUAUACGAUGAUUCAGCAUAUAAGAAUUGUUGCAAAACGUUUGUUUCAUGUCAAAGGGUUAUUUCAUCGAACCUUGAAAAAUCGUUUUGGAUCUCUUUCAUCAACAAUCCGAGUAGCACAAUUAACACAUUACCAAACUAUACAGAAUUAUUAUUUUUAAGACAAGGGUUGCCAAUUCAACUCAGGUCAACCAUAUGGAAGAAAUUAUUUUUGAUGAGCCAGGGCAACGUAAUACCAGAAACAUCGAGGUUGGUGUAUGACAAUUUUCAGCAUUCAUACAGCUUGGAAAUAUCGAAGCAGAUAAGCAAAGACUUGUCGCGUACAUUCCCGUUGGUCAAUUUUUUCAAAAAUGAAGAUACUAUAAAUAAUUUAUCCACGAUUCUUAACGUGUACGCGAACUAUGAUGUUGAAUUGGGAUACUGUCAAGGGUUAUUAUUUUUAGUUGGGGUUCUAUACUACCACUUUAAGAGCGACAGUACCCUAACAUUUCAUGCAUUAGUAACAAUUAUGGAAUCAGAGCCUGAGCUCCAUGACAUUUUCACUUCAUCAACUAUGUCUUAUACUUUGAACAAAUGGAAGUUUGAGUUUUCAAGUAUAUUGCAAGAGACUGACAACGAAUUAUAUGAGCAUUUAAAUAAGUUCGUAGACAUGCAAGUGUUUCUUUAUCAGUGGUGGUUAUCAUUCAUUUCGAGCCACACACCUGAUUUAUCUAUAGUCAAUAGGGUAAUGGAUUUCUGCCUCCUCCAAGGCUGGAAAAUUGGAAUGUUCAAAAUAUCAUUAGGUUUACUAUUAAUGAAUAAGCCUAUUUUAAUGACCCUUGAUACAGGUGAUGAAGAGGUUAUUUAUCAGCAUUUAUUGAAUGAGAGCAAAUGGGGAAUAGCUGUCAAGGACUUGAGCGCUUUUUUCGGUGAUCUAUUAUUGUCUUGGGAAGAUUCUAUAUUCAUGGAGCUUCCUAAGUAUGAAGAACCAUUAUUCCAGAAACCUAUAAAGUCCCACAAGAGAACUCCUUCUGCUAUGAUGAGUAGAUUUAAGAAUUUAUCAAUUAAUUUGUCGAGAAAUAGAUCCAAUUCUAGCAGUUCGCAAAUUGAUAGAUAUUCUUCUUCUGAAAGACUUCUGUCUGGGUUUUCGUCAGUUUCUGUAUUUUCUACAAAACUGGGUAACAGAAAUGAUAACAAUGGUGAAUUGGAUUCUAUAUAUUCAGACAUUACGACAAACAGUGAAUUGUCUUCACUGCCACCUAAAUCAUUCAGUGAUAAUUUAAAGAUUCCGUAUUAUACCAAAUGCCUGAAGCACGAACAACUGAUUGAAGAUAAUGAAUCCGCGGACAUCAAUAAUGAACUUCUUGAUGAAAACAUACGUUUAAAAACCUUGUUAAAACGAGCCUACAACAUGAUUAAUGAUAAUGAGUCCGAAUCGUCUGCUUUGAAAUGUGAAAUUUCCGAAGUUAUUUAA